UGGUACAGUGAUUAACGUCUAUCUAUGGGACGAGGCUGCUGAAAAUUUCCGCAUGAAGUUUGACGCAUGUGCAGUGACUCCGACGGUUCUAUUGGUCACAACGGUCAAUCCUAAAAGACUCUGAGGUAAUCUCUCUCUGACUCCAUAUAAGACAUCCUAAUCACUCACAUUUAGUUACAUAAACCUACCACUAAUUGCUUCUGUUAUUGGCAGGGAAAUUAUGCCUAAGUUCAAUGUCCUCAUCAAGAGUGUUUUUGGACGAAGAGGUUGAUCCCACCAAGGAAUACUUGACCUGGUUAGUAUUUUAGAUUUCUAAAUUUAAAAUUUUCUAUAUUUAACAACCUUGAUGAUCGCCUGAUUUUAAAUUUUUUAAAAGGUUGAGCACGAACCCUUCUGCAACUUCUUCGGUCAACCCUGUUGAGGUGGUUAAAUCUGAGACGCUCACAAUAAGUGAGAUUGCUGACUUCAUCAAGCGUCAGCCUGCUAAGAUUGCCUACGUUGACUGCAUUGCCACCAUUGAUGAUGUCAAGCUUGGCACUGAGUGGUAUUACAUCGCUUGCAAGGACUGCCAGACAAAGUUAAACCGUGGGCCGACAACAAUGCUUUGUCCAAAAUGCGGCAAUGAAAAUGCUACUGCAGUAGCCAACUACCGCGUAGAAAUGUCUGUCUAUGAUAAUGAGGAGCAGUGCACUUUCAUCAUUCUCGGAGAUGCUGGUAAAGAUCUCACUGGCAGAAAAGCAACAGAGUUGAUCGACACUUAUGUUGAGGAAAAUGGUGGAGAUGGGGCUGAGCUUGAGAUUCCACUGCCACAAUAUUUUAUCGACGCAAUAGGACAGACAAAGAAAUUCAGGAUCAAGGUGGCUCACUACAACUUCACAUCUACCCGUCUAUCCUUGACAGAUACCAAAAUUGUCUCAUCAGCAGUUUUGCCACCAAAGAAUCCUCCACUCAAAACGCCACCAGGAAGUGAAGUGGAAAUGUCAGAGUUAGCUGAGAGCAGUGGGGUGGUACUUCAGCCAGUGACGACAAGAAGAAAGCAAAGCGUGCCAAGCUUAGUGGCUAGAUCACAUGCAGUAUAGUCACUCCAUCAGUGGCUGGUACAGACUGCUCAGUCAUAAUGCUUCUCCAAUAACAGUCUUCUUAUCUCUCUUUAAUCAGUUUGCUUUCUUCUUCUUGCAAAGACAGUUUAUUAUUUGAAAAAUCUUAUGGUUUUGUUUUCUUAUUAAAGUUGUUUGGUUUUCAUUUGGUUAUGAAACUAUGAUAAUUUAUGCCUACAUGUUCAUUGUCACUACUAUACUCAUGCAUUUAUGAAGGACAUCAAACGGGCCAUGCGUUUAGUUUAUG